AAUGAAAUAAUUCUUGCGUCAGCGCCAGUCAGCGCAGUGCAUCGAAACAGUAUUGUUCAUUUGUGUUCGACACAAAUUUCGUAUCGCUAAAAAAUGAUUUAGCAAUAAAUUCAAGUGAUAUUAUCUCAGAGUCCUCGUAGCCUUCCAGUGUUUCCACAAAAAUUCAGGAUAAAUAAUUGCAUACAGCAAAUAAUCACUGUCGACGAAAAAUGGCUGCAGACGAAAAAGUAUUCUUCACAAAAACAGUUCAACAUUUGGCAAGAUCAUUGGCAGGAAUAAAGCCUACACCAUGGGAGAAGGUGAAUCGACUCUUCAAGCUGUGCCCCCAAGAGUCAGGUCAAGGUGUUUUUCGUAUCGAUCAACGUGGCCAGGAUGCGAUAAUAGCUCUUGGCAUCUACUUCCUGGAAUCUGACCUGCAACAUCGAGACAAAAUUCUCCCCUAUUUACUGCGCCUUCUCCGAGGACUACCAAAAGUCGUGUGGUUGGAUGAAAUAAGAGUAACACCAGUCGAAAGAAUUCCAGUUGCGGAGCGAUUCAGUUUUUGUCUUAACACACUUCUCAGCGAUGUUGCAGCACGAGGUGAAUCAGCUAGUGAAGAGAUUAUAGCAACUCAGGUGGAAAUCCUGUCAGUCAUCACGAAUUUAAUCAGAAGUUGUAAAGAACAAAAUGGUGCACGUGGACUUCAGGCAAAAUUAACCCUUUGCAAAUGUGUUGUACCAGUUUUAUUCGGUCUAGCACGUUCCAUGGGAAGAUUUGCAACUGUUGAUCCACCAUUGUUGUGCAGAAUUUUUCCACAGCCUGAGCCACCUGUGAAGAACAAUUACGAAGCAUCACCAAACAAAAGACAUAGAAGUUUUUCUAAUUUUCGACCAAUAAUUCCCCGAUCACUGAGUGGAAACUUGAAUCCCCAUUCGUCCAUUGACAGCACUCAAUCUACAUCAACAACUGGGGAAGAUUACGCCCCCAUCAAGAGGCCAUCAUUACAUUCUUAUCUCUCAGUUCCUUACGAUCCAUCCACGUACUUCUUCACUCGAUACGGAUCCUGUUUCAAUCAAUUUCCUCAGAUGAGAUGCAAUGAAAGUCCUGAGAGAAAGACAGGAUUGCUUUUCAGUAUUGUUCAUCUCCAGAGUGUUCUGGCUCUCGCUAAGAAACUCUUGACUAAAGAUACCUUGGCCUUUCUCGACGAUGAGGCACAGCAGAUUUAUUUCUCCGGUCAGAUACAGAUAUUCCCCUAUAGAUCAUUCAGUGAGACCAUGAAUUUAGUUAUGGUAGCGCUCUUGAGGGAAUUACUGCAGAAUCAACGAGAUCUACCAGCUCCAUUCACGCGAGAUGUUCAAGAAUUUGUUAAAGGUUUAUUUCUCUCUGGACAAACUGAAUUACAAUCACGACAGCAUGACGCCAGUGAACGAGAGGAUGCUGAUACUAAUUUCAGGACUGUCAAUCGAUUUAAAGUCAAUGUUAUGGCCAAUUCUGCUUGUGUGGAUCUUCUUGUCUGGGCAAUUGGUGAUGAAACAGCAACACUUGGGGAAUACGAUUUGGCUGCACUACUCGCAGAUCUCAGUUCGAUGCUGAUUGGCGAGGGUGCGGACAGUCUCUGCAGUCGUCUAACAGAGAAGAUAAAUUCGAAUCACGGACCGAAGCUAGUUUUAGCUCACAUGCCACUCUUGAUGGUGUGCUUGGAAGGCCUAGGAAAACUUGCCCAAAAAUUUCCCAACAUCGCAAUAACAUCUAAAUACAAUCUCCGCGAUUUCUUGAUGAAUCCAUCGCCAAUUCUCGUAAAACUUCACCGACAAUUCAGCGACAAAGUCGUGAAGGAUCCGCAAUUUCAUACAACAGCAAUUCAGGGAAAAGAUGUCACUGACUCUCAUCGUUCAGUUUCAUCAUCACAAUCAGCAUUCGAGAAGCUUCGAGAUGCUGCAAUUGGCAAUCUGUGCAUCGCCCUGGAGGCAGCACAACCAGUUUAUCCAAACUGUGUACCUGCAUUAGUCAGUAGUGCAUCGACGCGUAUGUGCAGUCUAGAGAGAAGUGACAAUACUGAAAAAUUAGCUAAUCAAUUAGUAGCUGAAAAUAUAAUGAUAAUGCUGGGUCAUGUUGCUGUUGCCCUCAGAGAUACUCCAAAAACAACGAGCAGUAUAUUACAAUUUUUCGAGCAAUGUUUCUGCAGAGAUCCCAGUGCCCUGGACAGUCUGAUUGUCGAUCAACUGGGCUGUAUGAUAAUAGCUAAAUGUGAAGCACGUGGAGAAAUAAUGCAGAUGUUUUCAGUAUCCCUGGAGUCAAGUUGUGUGGCCUAUUCCACAAAUGCCGAUAGAAAACAAUAUCGGCACGUGACUGGCGCUGUAACAAAUGCACUAGCUAAUAUUGCAGCGAAUCUUCAGGGUGAAGCUGAGCUUGAUAAGCUUCUCCUGAGACUCCUUCAACUCUUCGUGUCGAUGGGUUUGGAAGGUAAACGCCAAACCGAGAAGAUAGCAACUAACAAUACAACAUCAACGACAUCAACAAUGACAAAGGUCUCGAGUGUUGCUGGAAAUCUUGGAGCUUUGAUUCCUGUAAUAGCGAUAUUGGUGCGGAGAUUGCCACCAAUCAGACAUCCUAGCACAAGAGUCCUUAAAUUAUUCAAAGAUUUCUGGCUGUACUGCGUUGUCUUCGGUUUUGUUCCAGUGGAGCCUCAUUCAGCGAGACUCUGGCCAGAAGAGUGGUACGAGGGUGUCAAAGAAAUAGCUAUAAAAUCUCCAUAUUUGAUUGCCCAAACAAACGCCAAAUUGGAGAUGAGAGAACUCCAAUAUACAUCGGCAGUGAGAAAUGAGAGUGUUUCACUGAGUGAACUCCAGGAGCUUCGAAAUCAAAUCCUGAAGAUGAGCAUCAGAUCGUCUGAUAUCGCUGCUUACGUAACGAAAAUGCAGUUUGCACAAAUAACAUAUUUGCUGUCAGUUUACUGGGUAGAGACACUUCGUGUUGCUAACAGCUCUGAACCGAGUUUAGAGCCAAUAAUGGAAUACCUGAGUGAUUCUGAUCUACAAAAGGACAAGAGUGGUAUGUGGCAGUGUAUCUGCAGCGUUGGUGAUUCUGUAUUCGCUAAAUUCAAGGACGUUAUGCAGAGAAAACCCAAGGAUGAGAAACGUGAACGUGAGCUUGAGAAUCAUACACAAUUUCUACUAGUGAAUUUCAAUCAUGUGCACAAGCAGAUAAGACGUGUUGCUGAUAAAUAUUUGAGUGCUCUCGUUGACGCUUUUCCCCAUUUAUUGUGGAAUUGCCGAGUCUUAUGGAGUAUGUUAGAUAUCCUCCAGGUGUUGGCCUUCUCACUUCAACUGGAUCCCAAUGAGGAGAGUCCAUCGCUUCGAAUUCCUGGAACACCGUACACAAUUCAUCUGAUGGAUUCAUUGGAAGCUAGAGAGAUCAUCGUCAAAGAUUUUGCAGCAAGAUGUAAAGGAAUUGUCCAGGAGGCUAUGAAAUGGGCACCUCACGCCACUAGAUCACAUCUUCAAGAGUACAUCAAUCAAAUUCCAUCAUCAGGAAUGUGGCAUCAUGCAGGAUUAGCUCUAGCUACAGAUUCAGUAUUAGAAUUUGUUGAUCUAGCAGCUCCAGCUACUGGACCAAUUAACACUAAUUCGUUGGACAAGAGACCAAGGGGGACAAAAGGUGCUAGUUCAUGGCUGCUCUCGAUGAUGUCGAGAAGAUCCUGGUACGCUGGGGAGGUGACAGGAAUGUUGGCUUUGGCUCAUGCAGAGACACCAAUCGAGGAUCAGUGUUUUGACGAGGGACGUAAAAUUGUGAUUGAUCGGGUGAUUGGAGCUGUGGAGCACGCCUGUCACAGUCAGAAUGACAAGCUUCAUCAGGCUUCAUUGUGGCGUGCAACAGCUCUACUCAUUUCAAUUCCCGGAGUCCACAGGCGACUUCUUCACACUGUUGCUGGAUCACAAAUUAAAUUAUUCACGAACACAGCGAUGUUGACAGCUGUUGAAUGCUGGCAGUGGAUUUUAACUGCUCGUCCAGACCUGAAACUUCGUUUUCUCCAGGAGAUGCUUGGUGCUUGGCAGCAUACAGUAGAUAAAAAAAUGGGAUUGUUUUCAUCCCAAUCAGCAGAGGUUAAUCCACUUGCUGUAUACGAAGGUUGUGAACUUGAUCCCAAUCCACCUUAUGUGAAGCCCCAUGAAAUAUGGGUGACAUUUAUCGUUGAAUUGAUUGAAACAGCCAAAUACUGUUGUCAGGAAACAGUGGAGAUGAUCGCAAUACUCUUACAUCGAUCAUUACCGAUGACAGUUGGAGCUGGUGGAGAAGAGCCUAUUCUGAACAGACAUGUAGCUGCUGUUGGUGCACGUUUCAAAUUACUCUCUUGUGGUCUUCUGCUCUUGCAGGGCGAUACAUUACCAAAAUCACUGAGUAAAAAUGUCCUGCGUGAAAGAGUUUACUGCAAUUGUCUGGAUUAUUUCUGUCGCGAGAGGCAGACACCAACGCAGGAGCCUGAUCAACUCAGAGAAGACAUUGUCACAUUGAUGAGGUUCUGGCAAGUGAUGCACAGUGAUAAAAAGUACCUGAUGAUGACUGGUGAGGGAGAUUUUGAGAUGUUGAUCGAGCAUCAGACCAGUUUGACAGCCAAUGAUUCAGCAUCUACUGUUAAUUCACUUGCUCCUUCGUCGAAGGAUGCUAUGAGACAACCAGCUACUGUCUGGAUAAAUACUGUACCACUUUCUACAAGUAGCAAUGCCAUUGGAAAGAGGAGUAAUCGAAGCAAACGAAUGAUGCAUGGAAAUGUUUUGGUGAAGGAUUACAUUAAGAAGAGGAAUCUGAUUUUGGAGCUUUUGGCGGUGGAGAUUGAACUGUUAUUGGUCUGGCAUAAUCCAGGGGGUAGGGCUGAGCUUCAAGUACCUGGUGAGGCGUCGAUUGCUGAAUGGAGGGCCAAAUCCAUGAAUGAAAGAUGGAGGGAUUACACUAGGUUAGCUUGGGAUAUCAGCCCAGUACUGGCUGUAUUUUUGCCAGUUCGUCUCAGAAAUACUGAUACGAUUAUACGAGAAGUUUGUAGGUUAGUGAGACUGAAGCCAAUACCAGUGAUGCAUGUACCUGAAGCUCUUCAAUAUCUCGUUACAACUGAUUCACUAUUGAAUGAUGCACCUGAACUUGUCUACAUGAUUACUUGGGCAAGAAUUUCCCCGAUUCAAGCAUUAGCUUAUUUCUCUAGACAAUUUCCUCAUCAUCCAAUAUCUGCGCAGUAUGCUGUGAGAGUACUUGCUAGUUAUCCAGCUGAUGCUGUGUUAUUUUAUAUUCCCCAGUUGGUUCAGGCUGUUCGUCAUGAUUCCAUGGGUUACGUUAUUGAAUUUAUCAAGGCGAUUGCUAAGAGAUCUCAAGUUGUUGCUCAUCAACUGAUUUGGAAUAUGCAUGUGAAUAUGUAUAGGGAUGAGGACAAACAGAUAAAAGAUCCAGAUCUUUUCGAGACUCUCGAUGCACUUGUUAAGGCUAUUCUGUCUUCACUGUCCGGACCAGCGAAACAGUUUUACGAGAGGGAGUUUGAUUUCUUUGAGAAAAUCACGAAUAUCUCGGGGGAGAUUCGACCGUAUCCCAAGGGCCCUGAGAGGAGGGAUGCUUGUUUGAAGGCAUUGCGGAAUAUUACGGUUCAACCUGGAUGUUAUCUACCAUCAAAUCCUGAAGCUAUGGUCAUCGACAUCGAUUACAACAGUGGAAGACCCUUGCAGAGUGCUGCUAAGGCACCUUUCCUCGCUAGAUUCAAAGUUCAGAAAUAUGGAAUUAAAGAAUUGGAGAAUAUUGCCAUGGCAGUGUCAGCCAAUGGUAAAGUGGAGACCAAAUGUGCUGGACAAGAAGUUUGGCAAGCCGCUAUUUUUAAAGUUGGAGAUGAUGUUAGACAGGAUAUGUUGGCGCUUCAAGUUAUUGGAAUUUUCAAGAAUAUUUUUCAAAAAGUUGGACUCAAUCUUUUUCUGUUUCCUUAUAGAGUUGUCGCCACUGCACCUGGGUGUGGCGUAAUUGAAUGCGUGCCAAACGCAGAAUCUCGCGAUCAGUUGGGCCGUCAAACAGAUUUUGGCAUGUACGAAUACUUUUUGGCCAAAUACGGAGACGAGACGAGCAAAGAAUUUCAAACUGCUCGACGUAAUUUCGUCAAAUCAAUGGCUGCAUAUAGUGUUAUAACGUAUCUCCUGCAAAUAAAAGAUCGUCACAACGGUAACAUUAUGCUCGAUGAUGAAGGACACAUCAUUCACAUUGACUUUGGAUUUAUGUUCGAGAGUUCGCCGGGUGGUAAUCUUGGAUUUGAACCUGAUAUCAAACUCACUGACGAAAUGGUACUGGUUAUGGGUGGCAAAAUGGAGGCUGCACCGUUCAGAUGGUUUAUGGAAUUAUGCGUGCAGGCAUUUCUCGCUGUUAGACCCUAUCAGGAGGCCAUUAUUUCUCUAGUUUCGUUGAUGCUGGACACCGGUUUGCCAUGUUUUCGUGGUCAGACCAUCAAAUUAUUGCGCAGUCGUUUUGCACCGAUGGCUAAUGAUCGUGAAGCUGCUGCAUUUAUGCUGAAUGUCAUCCGUAACAGCUUCCUGAAUUUCCGUACCAAAACAUACGAUAUGAUACAGUAUUAUCAGAAUCAAAUACCUUAUUAAUUAUUAACUGGGUCGGAGUCUGUUGAAUUGGUGCCAAUGUGUCAUAUACAAUUAUUAUAUUUCGUUUGUAAAUAUUUAAACAAUUAGUUAUAGAUAUUAAUUAAUCAUUUCUGACCUGGUUUAACAGAGAAAAAAAUCAUUGAAGAAGACCACUAACGAUAAAUGUUAAAUCAUCGUUGCAUACCUUUGGCAAUCGUCGAUGAAUAUUUAAUUGCUAAAAAUUCCUUUUGAUUCUGGGCCUUGUAUUAUUGCUACUGUGCACUGUAAUACAUUCCAUUCUGUUUAUAUGUAAUAAUUGUAUUCGAUGAGAGAUAUAUAUUUAUUGAACUGUUGAUGAUCACGUUAUGAAAAUAUAAUAAAACAAAUUAUGUAUUUGAAUA